CGCGAGACGUUCGAUUGGCUAUUUUAAUUAACUCGUUUUGUGUCUCCUCCUCCCCUGCGACUUUUUGAGGUUAUUCGUUAAGUGUCAUAACAAAGCCGACGAUGUUAUCACAAAAUUCCAGUAAAAUCCGUUGAAGAUAAGCAGAACUCUUUCUAAUCACCGAACGAGGGUUGUUCAACUUUACACAACGCCUUUUUAUCGCAUUAUCAUGAAUCAUUUCCAACAGAUACGUAGUUAAAUUUCCCAUCCAACAGUCGAUUUUUCGUUGAAAAUGACGCGGAUUCGUUACCUGCUGCAAGCGUUUCGGGCGCGCCGCAACCGCCACUUGUCUAGAACCGAUUCAGUGUCUUUCGAAGCCUUCUGUAACGAAGCCCCCAUCCAGAAACACCCGACAACCAAAGAGUCGUCUUUGAACGGCGACUUCAACGUGUCCCCCUUGAAGAAACAACGAAGCGGCGAAGCCUACGUCCGUUUUUCGAGUCAGAAAUAUGAGCCGAACUGCACCCGUCCUAGUCUGCCAGCGGUCCUGCUGGUCAUCGCGUUACUGGCUGUGUUUUUAGUCCUUCCGUUGAUAUAUUUGUUACACUGUUUUGGAGUGAUUUACGUACAAGAGCGCUAUGAACAUCCAACUCUACCGGAACAGAGCCACUUCGUGCAAAAACCAGUCGAAAGAAGUAUAGUUCUUCCGAAAAUUUUACCCCCGCCGCCGAAACCCGACUACGGUAAAUGUAAAAUUAUUGAUGAACAAGACAGGUUGGAUUGUUUUCCGGAAAAUGGGGCCAACCAGCAAGGGUGUGAGGCCAGAGGGUGUUGUUGGAUACCCGCUAAAAAGAAACCCAAAGUGGGGGUUCCCUUAGCUGUUCCCUAUUGUUUUUAUCCCACUAACUACGCCACUUAUAAUUACGUUAAUAUCACGGAGACGGCGUACGGGUUGGAGGCGUAUUUGCGGCGAAAUUUCUCAACAGCGUAUCCCGGGGACGUGGAUAUAAUAAAACUGAGUGCUAGAUUUGAAACGGAAGCGCGUCUACACAUCAAGAUUACAGAUCCGUUGAAAAAUAGAUUCGAGCCCCCGUAUCCAGAAGUCCCGGUUGUGGACAAAGCAGCCACCAAACUCUUCUAUUUGUUCGACAUUGACCCCAUGAAGUCUGGAUUCAGAGUCAUCAGAAAAUCCGACAACGUCGUAAUAUUUGACACUCUAGACUUGCCUAAUUUAAUCUUCUCUAACCAAUUUUUACAAUUAACGGGGAAACUACCAUCGAAAUACAUAUACGGGAUCGGGGAGCACCGUGGUCGCUUUUUGCUAUCCACCCAGUGGUCCAGAUUCACCCUGUUCAACCACGACUCCAUCCCAUCGUUCGACAAAAACCUGUACGGAAGUCACCCAUUUUACCUAAUUGUGGAAAAUUCGACCAAAAGUCACGGUUUCUAUCUUCACAAUUCGAACGCGAUGGAUGUUAUAUUGCAGCCGACGCCCGCGGUUACGUUUCGUCCAAUCGGCGGCGUUCUAGACUUCUACUUUUUCUUAGGCCCCUCCCCUAGUGACGUUGUCAGUCAAUACACGGAGCUGAUUGGGAGACCGUACAUGCCGCCUUAUUGGGGGCUGGGCUUCCAUUUGUGUCGCUUUGGGUACAGGACGCUGAGUCGGACUAGACUGGUGAUGCAACGAAACAUCGAUGCUGGGAUUCCAUUGGACACCCAGUGGAACGAUUUAGACUACAUGAAAAACAGCAACGACUUCACCGUUGAUCCGGUUAAUUUCAAAGGUCUAGCGGAGUUUGUCAAAGAGCUACACGGACGCGGUAUGCACUAUAUACCUCUCGUGGACGCAGGCGUCAGCGGGAGUGAAACUCCAGGUACUUACCCACCCUACGACGAAGGCGUCAAGAUGGACAUCUUCGUGAAAAACUCAACCGGUCAAAUAUUCAUAGGAAAAGUUUGGAAUAAUGGGAGCACCGUGUGGCCCGACUUCACCCACCCCACCACCGUCGACUACUGGACCCUCAUGCUUAAAUCCCUCCACGACGUAGUCCCCUUUGAUGGCGCCUGGAUCGACAUGAACGAACCCUCCAACUUCCUCUCGGGCUCCUUCACCGGGUGCCCCAAAUCCACCCUAGAAAGCCCUCCGUACUUACCCAACAUCGACGGCGGCGUCAUAAAUUUCAAAACUAUGUGUAUGUCAGCUAAGCACUACGCAGGGUUGCACUACGACGUACAUAACCUAUACGGGUUUACAGAGGCCAUAGUGACAAGUUUCGCUAUGUCGGAAAUCCGGGGUAAAAGACCCAUGGUGAUAUCGCGCUCGACGUUCGCGGGACAUGGCCACUACGCUGGUCACUGGAGUGGGGACGUCGUGUCUGAUUGGCUAGACAUGCGCUAUUCAAUACCACAGUUGUUGAGUUUCAGCUUGUUCGGAAUCCCGCUCAUGGGGGCAGAUAUUUGUGGGUUCAACGGAAACACGACUAGGACUCUAUGCAAUAGGUGGACUCAACUGGGGGCGUUUUAUCCCUUUUCCCGGAAUCAUAACACGGAUGACGGGAUUGACCAAGAUCCUGUGGCGAUGGGUCCCGAAGUGACCAUUUCAGCCCGAAAAGCGCUAUCUGUAAGGUACCAACUGCUACCCUAUCUGUACACGUUGUUCUGGGAAGCCCACGUCAAGGGUGAUACCGUGUCACGCCCUCUAUUCUUCGAGUUUAUCAACGACGUACAAACCUAUGACGUCGAUACCCAGUUUUUGUGGGGUCCGGGCUUGAUGGUGGUUCCAGUUUUGGAGGAAAACGCGACUGCAGUGACAGCGUAUUUACCCAAGGGGUUAUGGUACGAUUAUUACACCAAGUCGCCCAUUAUCAGUAAAGGCGAAAGUGUUAAUUUGUCGGCGCCGCUGGACACUAUACCAUUACUGAUAAGAGGGGGCUAUAUUUUGCCCCAACAGGCCCCUGAACAAACCACCACCAAGACGCGUCUAAACAAGAUCGAGAUUUUGGCGGCGGCCGACGAACAAUUGAAUGCCUACGGGCAGCUGUAUUGGGACGACGGCGAUUCGCUCAAUUUGUACGAGGAAAAACAAUAUUCUUUGCUCAAUUUUUGGAUGGAGAAGGGGGUCCUGAGGACCGAGAACGUCUUCUGGUGUAAUAAUGAGACUCCUCCGAACUUGGGGGCGGUGACAAUCAUAGGUCUUAAUGAACCCGUUUCCGAGGUACUGGUGAAUAACGUGGCACAAGCCUUCAGAUAUGACACUAUUCAUAAGUAUCUCCUGAUCGAAAAUUUGAACGUUGGACUACAGAAACCUGUAGUUGUGACGUGGAAGUAAGGUUGUGAUUUAGAUGACUGUACUUAAGUCUCGCUGAGUGGUGUGGAACGAUUUCUUCUGCAGUACUUACCCGGGACGAAGUACUGUAACCAUGACAGACGCGUCAUGCGUAUUAUUAUUACCAGCACCACCAAAGAUUUGUGUGCCAAUUAGUGGUUCUGCUGUAGCUCAUUAGUGGAUGUUUAAGGCUGUUUGGAAUCGACUGAUUUAUCUUAAGCUUAAGUGUUGAUACUUUAGAGUAGGGUUUAUGGAAUAUUUGCUUGAGUAGUUUAUCGUUCUUGAGUUUCAAAGUAUAAUAAAGAUAACAAUCACAA